UGCGCAGUGUCAGUGUGAGUGUUGUAUGUGUGUGUGUUAGUGUGUUGUCAAAAGGACGGGGCGGCUGCCUGACGUGUUCAAUUGGUUCUGGACGUCCUGGACUAAAGUGGGCCCGUCAACGUGUCCUUCCUCUCUUCUCCUCCCUGCGUUGGACUGCUCGCUGCUGCGUGCCUCGCCAGGCAAUGCUGUGCUGGCCCUCUCUGUGCAAUAGUUGAGAACAAGCAAAGCCCACUCUAGGCCGAGAUGAGGUUAUCGGCUUGUUGUCGGUGGUGGCUGGCUGGGCUGGCUGCCGUGCUCAGCCUGGGCUGCCAAGUGGUUUGGGCUGCUAAUGUCGACCGGGCCAAGUCUAUGACCGAUGUCAUCACUAGUCAAGGGCUCUACACGACCGCGGACAAGGUGGCCAUCCUAAACGUGACCACGUUUGAGAGUACAGUCCUGGGGAAGGACGUUGCUUGGCUGGUGGAGUUUUACAAUACGUGGUGUGGGCACUGCCAGCGGUAUGCACCAAUAUGGAGAGAAUUUGCUGCUGAUGUCGCUGGUUGGACCUCAGCAGUGCGUAUUGGUGUUUUGGAUUGUGUUGUAGAAGACAAUACACCCAUUUGCCGAGACUAUGAGAUCAUGCACUAUCCAACUGUCAGAUUUUUUACCUCUCAUCAUCAGAAAGGAAAUUAUGGACAAGAAGUUGACAAGGGUAAAGAUGCUCCUGAAAUGCGCCACAUACUAGCAGGAUUACUUGAAAAAGAACAACUUGAAGGAAGAGGCAGUUCCUGGCCCAACAUCACACCAUACCGCAGUUCUGAUCUGCACAAUUUGUGGAAAGAUUCCCCUGGCCAAGUCUUAUAUUCAAUUUUAAUAUUCAAAGACAAGAAAAAUGAAGUUGGUGCUGACUUAGUUUUGGACUUCAGUCGAAUUCCAAGUGUGCAGCUUCGCACAGUUUCGCCUGAAAAUGAAGCUCUUGCUAAACUUAUGCAAGUAACAAGCCUUCCUUCGGUGGUUGUUGUUGAAAGAGGAAAAGAUGUUGGAGAGGUACUUUACACUCAAGACACAUCUCGUAAUGGACUCAGCAUUGCUAUCCAAGCAUUUUUAAAAUCAAAGAAUAUUGAGUUGCCUGAAGUAGAAUUUACUGAAGAUGUAGUGAAGAUGCCUGCUCCUGCUGCAGAUGAUAAUCCUGAUUUGGAGAGUCAAGUUAAGGAACUUGUAUCCCACAAGGGAGACGUUGCUUUCCUAGCUGAUUUAGAACAUGCCUUACGGUUUUCUUUGAGGCAUGAAGUGGGCUCUAGGAAGCAUAUGACUGGGCCUGUUCUAAAUGCCCUGCGCAACUAUCUUAUUAUUAUAAAACGCCAUUUCCCAUUGUCAGUGUCGGGAAAAACACUUUUGAAUUUGUUGACUGAUCAUGUGAACAGUGUAACGGAGCUCUCUGGUGAGGACUGGAGGAAACUUCUCACUGAAGAAGAGUCUAAAUUAACUCUACCAGUAUGGACUGAACGAAACGAAUUUUUGGGUUGCCGUGGCAGUCAGCCUAACUAUCGUGGCUAUCCAUGUAGUCUUUGGACAACAUUUCAUGUCCUAACGGUUGAUGCACUUGUCUCCCCUGACAGUGGUAGACCAAGGGAUGUACUUGAAGCAAUCCUGGGCUAUGUCACUCAUUUCUUUGGUUGUGCUGAAUGCUCUAAGCAUUUUCAGGGAAUGGCCUCUGAAACUAUGUUCUCUGAGAUAAAUUCACAUGAAAAAAGUGUCUUAUGGCUAUGGCAAGGUCACAACAAAGUGAAUAAAAGACUUGCUGGGGAUGCCACAGAAGAUCCAGCAUUUCCUAAGAUUAUAUUUCCAUCUGUCGACCGUUGCCCUGGAUGUCGUGAUAAUGGAGAAUGGGUGGAGCAUGAAGUCCUCCAAUAUUUACAGUCAGUCUACAGCCAUAAUUCUCUUAGCCUUAUUGGCGCUGCUGGAGCAGAUGCCAUGUCUAAACGAGAGGCACAUCCCAUUUCUUCAGGUUCUGAAAUGAGUGCUCUCGACAUGAGUCUGUACGUAUUAUUGUAUCUUGCAUCUGCUGCUAUAAUUGCUCUUGUUUGUCUAAAGUUUUUGUUGCCUCGUACUUAUCACAAGAAAGUUUAUGUACAUGAUAUUUCUGGAAAGGUGUGACAGUUUCUUAUGAGAUUGUAAAUAAUGUCUAAGAACCUGUUCAUGUUUUUGUUGGCAUAACAUACCAUAAUUAAGUGAUAUUUUGAUACUUUCUUCUGGUUUAUGUUAACACGAUUUUGUUUCUCAGUCUGUCCAUUAAUGUCUUAUUUUAAAGUAUGUUGUAUUCUUUCAAUUUCAUCUUGCUAUUUAUCUAUUUCAAUAGUCAAUUACGUAGUACAGAUUGGUCCAUCCAUAUUUUGAACUUAAACUUAAUAUUACCAAAUAUUUCUAUUGAAUACUAAUGGCUAAAUUUAGAUUUAUUUUUGUACUUUCUAUUCACUUUAUUUGGGAGGUGGCAGUGCAUGUAUGCAUUUGCUUUGGUUGCAUUGUGUCUUUCAUCACACUCCUACUUUUGCACUUUGACUUUUGCUGCUUGAAUGACAAUGGUUUUAAUGUUAUCUGGACUGGUUUAAUACUUCCCUCGUUCCUAGUUAUUCUGCAUUCCAGAAUGUGAACAUUUUUAGUCAGUUUCACUGUAGUCAGUGGUUUCCUCAUGUCUAUGUGUUGUAAUAGUUUAGGUUAAAUAUUUCUGUUUCUUUGUCUUCCAUGUGAUAUUUGCAAGACUUAUUGAUGAUCCUGUGCUGACCUUCUAUUCAUUUUCACUUUCAAAUUCAUUGAUCAUUUUGGUUUAUUUUGGCAAAUGUGUGUGGUAGGAAGUUUCUGACAUCUAACUUAUUUAUCUCACUAUUGGCAUAGCAUAUCUCUCAUAAUAUAAUUGAUAAGCCUCCUCUCAUUCCUAUGCAGGGUGUCCUGAAACUUAUUCCUGAUGGCCUGCACUUAAUGAGUAUACCAAAAUGAUACAUAUUGAACCCUCCCAUAUGCUAAAAGAACUGUGUGGUGAUUGGCUAUUCAACUAAAUCACAGUAUAAUGAAGUUCUGGCUAUUGUGGAACAAGUUUCAAGACCCCCUUAAAAAUUUGGUGGAAAAGCUAGAGCAACUAUUCAAGACAUUGUAACUGGUACUUAAUUUUCUGUAUUGUUCAUUUAUGAUUCUAACUACUUUUUAAAGAAGUCAGGAUUGGGAAAUUGUUGAAUGAGCACCUAUUUCUACUUAAUUUUUAGAAUCAACAGCUUACCUGAAGCUAUGGACUUCUAAUGACUGGUUUUAUUUU